CGCGGGAAAGCAGUGAACAGGAGAUGGAGCUGGACUUUGUGCAGUGGACGGUAAUCGGUGUAUUACUGAUUUUACCAAUAUUAUAUGAACUCAGUAGUACGUUCAAGUACUAUGCAAAGUUUACUCUCUAUGUCACCAUUGUUAUGAUAUGCUCUCUCUUUACAAUCCCAAUCGCUGCCUUACGUCCGAGGGAUGUACGAAAUCACAGAUACCCAGCCUGGUGUAUAAAACAUAUUAUCAAGCCAUUGUUCAGUAUUGCUGUAGAAGUCAGGGGAGCAGAGCACCUCAAAUCGGACACAUCGUAUAUCAUAGUCUGUAAUCACCAAAGCUCAUUAGAUCUCAUUGGCAUGAUGGAGAUCUUCCCCGAACGUUGUGCAACUCUUGCAAAGAAGGAACUGCUGUAUGCAGGCCCCCUUGGCUUGGGCCUGUGGCUUAUAGGCACCAUAUUUAUAGACAGGCUCAAUAAUGAAAAAGCACGAGGGACGUUAGAAAAAACUGCCAAUUUAAUCAAAGAUAAACAUUUGAAGGUAUGGGUAUUUCCAGAAGGAACGAGAAAUGCUGGGGGAUCCUUUCUACCCUUCAAGAAAGGAGCAUUUCACUUAGCAAUACAGGGUCAGGUCCCAGUUGUACCGGUUGUUAUGUCCUCAUAUUCAGAGUUUUAUAACAAAAAACAGAAAAAAUUCGGAACAGGCAAAUUCAUCAUCACAGUCCUUCCAAAAAUAUCCACUGAAGGCCUCACGGCAGAAAAUGUGGGAGAUCUUACAGAACAUGUCCGUAAACAAAUGCUUGAUGUAUAUAACGAAACAUCUCUGGAAUCGGCUCAAGCAAAACUUUCCAAUGGUGUUAAAUAAACUGGACUAUGAUGCUUUUUUUUUAUCCUUGUGUCUUAUGAAGUGUUGACUUAAAACUUGCCAAAUGAAGUAGACUUUUUGACACUAAUGGUUAUUGUCUGUUUUUGUAAAACCAUGUAUUGGAUUCAUAUAUGCUGAUUAAGUGGCACAUUACUGUUUGUGAUUAAGGAAGAGUUAAUUAACCCAGACUUUAUUAAUGUAUUAAUUGCAAAAGUCUUGACCUUUUCAUUAGUAGGUAAAAGCUUAGCUCAUUUAAGACUAGUGGUAUUGCUUAUUCAAAGGAAGGAAAGAACAUGCAAGGGGUGAUUGAAAAAAUUUUUCAUUCUGACCUAGAAAAUGUACAUAGUGCUUUGCCAUCUUUUGCUUUCUGAGCAGCUGUCCAGCAUUUUACUUUACAUAAGAUGAUGCAUUGUCCCUCAAUGCUUUUAGCAUGUCUUCAUAGAUUACGGUGGAGAUGUUCUAUAAUUUUUAUUUACUUUAUUUUAUUUCUUUCUUUCUUUAUUAUUAU